UUCCCCAAAUCAUCAAAGGACAGAAAGGUUCUUCUUGAGAAAUUCCGAAACCUUGGCAACUUCAAGCACAACUCAAUUGUUAAAACCACAGGAUCAGGCUGUCUUAAAGUGAAAAGGAGUUCCAAACAGAGCAGCAGCCCUGAGACGUAUGAUUACUGCUUGUACUGUAAGGGUAUGUUAUCCAGAAAAUAACUUUCUCGACAUAUGAAAAGAUGUGCUCUCAGACCAGAGAAUAAUGUUGAAGAGGGGCCUGAGUUGAGAGAGAGAGUCUUUGGUAUAGCAUCUGCUCAAUCCACAAUGUCCCAGCCAAUUUCAAGUGAACUUUGGUCAGUGCUGGGCAAAAUGCACAAGGAUAACGUGUCCACUGCAAUAAGGAAUGAUCAUUAUCUCAUGCAGUUUGCCCAGUCCCUCUUUAAUAAGCAUGGGAGUGACAGAUCAAAGCAUGAGUAUAUAAGGCAGAAAGUAAGGGAACUUGGGAGAUUACUUGUGACUUUGCGCCACACAACAAGAAUCCGUAACAUGGAAGAGGCAAUAAAACCAGGCAACUUCUUUAUUCUUACUAGUGCUGUCAGGAGAGUUUCAGGUUUUGAUCACGAAAACAGCACAUUCAAAGCCCCAAGUUUGGCCCUGAAAAUUGGGCAUUCUCUCAGAAAGAUAAGUGACCUCAUUAUGUGUCGUGCUCGCAUGGAAGAGGACCAAGAGGUGAUCGAUUCCAUCAGGAGGUUUCAUACACUUCAUGAAACAAAGUGGUCUGAAUUAGUUUCCCAUUCUGCCUUAUCAAACCUGAGUGAGGCAAAAUACAACAAGAGCACCAGGCUUCCACUGGCCAAAGACGUUCAGAAGCUACAGUUAUAUCUUGGUCAGCAAGUGGAAUUGACUAAGGAGAAACUAGCCGAUGACCCAACAGCAGGCACUUAUGCAGCACUAGCAAAGGUGACCCUCUGUCGAGUCAUUUUGUUUAAUAGGAGGAGGGAAGGUGAAGUGGCACGGAUGACUGUAAAAAAAUUUGAAGAUCGUGACAUGUCCCAACUAAACGAUGACAUAAGCACUGGGCUUACAGAAGUUGAGAAGAGACUUUGCAAACAAUUCGCCAGAGUGGAACUGAGGGGGGGAAAAGGACGAAAGGUUGCUGUGAUCCUGACUUCUGAUAUGACUGCUAACCUGUCACUCCUCAUUAGUAAGAGGAAAGAGUGUGGAGUAACUGAAAACAACAAUUACCUCUUCGCUAUUCCUUUUAGUGAUGGUCACUACAGAGGGCAGUUUGGUCAAUUUGCAGAUGCUUGUGGAGCCGAAGAUCCUCAAAACCUCAGAUCAACUAACCUUCGCAAACAGAUUGCCACAAUAAGCCAAGUUAUGAACUUGAAAGAUAAUGAACUGGACCAGCUGGCCGAUUUUCUCGGCCAUGACAUUAGGGUGGAUAGGGAGUACUAUCGACUGCCCCAAUCAACAAUUCAGCUGGCUAAGAUCUCAGAGCUGCUUAUGGCUAUGGAGAAGGGAAGUGUGAAGGAUAUUCAAGGAAAAUCUCUGGACGAAAUUGGUGGUAUGCAUCAUUUACAUGUUGUUAAAUCUACUUGGUGUAUGUGUAUAUGGUUGGUGUAA